UCCUAUCCAUUCAUCCUGCAUGCUUUUGCCUUUGGUUGGCUUUGCGUAGUUCAAUGCAGUCAACCCUCACUAAAGUCCAAAAAAGUUGUUUUUAGUAAGUACUGAAGACAAAACAUUCUCUCAGCUCAAAAACAAAAGCUGCUGGGAUUGUAUUGCAAGUUGUUUUUGGGAUCUGUAUCUGGAGUGAGACUAAAUCAGGGUCGAAAGUAUUUUGGGAAGAUGUCUGACAUAUCAGUAAAUGACCAAUUGGAGGGAAUUAUAUCAGAUUUUGAAGCUUUGAAGAGAUCAUUUGAGGUCGAGGAAGUAGAUCAGCCACCAAAUCCUUCUGUCCCAACGAGACGAGUCCCAACUCCUCUACUGAGACCAACACCAUCACCUGGACACCGAUAUCAAGAUUUGGGGGCAAAGUUUACAGAUCCAACUUCAAAACAAGUAGAAGCACCUAAUGCAAAGUCACCAAAAUCAUCUGUCAAGAGAAUUGAAAUUACAGGACCUAAGCACACGGAGCCUGUUUCACGAAGAGCAGAAAUUUCUAUCGAUCUUUCUUCGAAACAAGUCGAAGCUGCAAGUCAUGGUGCACCAAAGAUUGGCCUGAAAAGAGCAGAAUUGCUAGGCCACAAGCCUCCAGAAAUGAUACCCAGGAGAACAGAAAUUUCUGGAACAAAACUACAGGAAAGCUCCUCAAGAAGAUUGGAAACUACAGGAUCCAAGCUCACUGAAUCCAUUCCGAGAAGAACAGAGAGUUUUGGACCUUCUGUGACAGAGAUAUCUCCAAAAAAGGUGGAGGUUCAAACACCAAAGCAUCAAGAAACCCCUGCUAAACAGGUGGAAAAUUCAGUCUCUCCCCAUAUUAACUACCAACAGCAACAGGAAGUGCAGCUAGAGAGAGCAGUCACUGAAACCAAAGUGAAGAGUCAGAACAGUGCAGAAAAUAGCUCAAUCAGAACCAGCAUUAUGUCUGAACCUUCUCGAGAUGUGAACGUAAAGCAAUCCAUGCAAAAUGAGAAGCCAGGAUUUGACCACUUUGGUUAUGUGGGCAUUGAUUCCAUUCUCGAACAGAUGAGGAGGAAAGCUAUGAAACAAGGCUUUGAAUUCAACAUAAUGGUUGUAGGUCAAAGUGGUUUGGGGAAAUCCACGCUAAUAAACACCCUGUUCAAAUCCAAAGUUAGCCGUAAAUCUGUUGAAGGAACUGAGGAACGAAUCCCCCAAACAGUUGAAAUGAAAUCAAUCAGCCAUGAUAUUGAGGAAAAGGGGGUCCGCAUGAAACUAACAGUAAUUGAUACUCCAGGAUUUGGCGAUCAGAUAAACAAUGAAAACUGCUGGCAGCCAAUCACAGAGUUUAUUAAUGAUCAGUAUGAAACGUAUCUGAAAGAAGAACUUACUGUCAAUAGGAAGAAGCGGAUCCAGGACACCAGAGUGCAUUGUUGUAUAUACUUCAUAGCUCCGACUGGACACUCACUUCGACCAUUAGAUAUAGAAUUUAUGAGACGUCUGAGCAAAGUGGUAAACAUUGUCCCUGUCAUCGCAAAAGCGGACACGCUCACACUGGAAGAGAGGGACUUCUUUAAGGAAAAGAUCAGAAAUGACCUUCAGAAACAUGACAUCGAUGUGUAUCCUCAAAGACAAUUUGAUGAAGAUGCAGAGGAUCGACUAAUAAAUGACAAAAUUAGAGAAAUGGUGCCUUUUGCAGUGGUUGGAAGUAACCUUGAGUACCAGGUAAAUGGAAGAAGGAUCCUUGGCCGAAAAACAAAAUGGGGAACUGUUGAAGUGGAAAAUAUGUCUCACUGCGAAUUUGCCUAUUUGCGUGAUCUGCUGAUAAGGACUCACAUGCAGAAUCUCAAAGAUGUGACCAGCGCCAUUCACUAUGAAGCAUACAGAGUUCAACGGCUGAGUGAGGGAAAUGAGUUUUCCAAUGGAAUAGCAGAAAAGGAUAUGAACAGCAACAUGUAAAAUAUAUAUGGCUUUUCCUUCAGGCUGCUGAAUUUAUUUGACCAGCUAAUAAUUUAGGUAAAAAGUACGUGGUGGUGUAUCAGCACUGCUCGUCUUAAGAUAAUUUAUUCCACACUAUGCUAUUCUGUUCACAAAUGAAUGACUAUUACACAUCACAAAAAACUAAGUGGUGCAUACUUGCCAUAUUUUUGUAUUGUCUUGCUUCAUAGAUUACCUUUUAGACUUGCAUGACACCAAAGGGGUUAUUAAGAACUGUUUUGCAGAUAACCACAAAAUUGAUUUUUGUGGUUAAAUUUUUUGUAAUAAAACUAAAUUGUUCAGGGAGAAACUUAAAACAAAAUUGUGUUAAUUUGUGAACAGAAUGUUUUGGUGGAUUAAAAAUUGCUUUUAAUACUAUUGCAGUGCUAAAGCUAAAUAUGUGUUCUACAGGACAAAAAGAACAAUGUAAUUGGCUUAAUUAUUACUAUAUUUAUUUCCAAUAUAUUACUAGCAUGUUUCAGUAUAUCAAAACACGGCCAACUGACAUGUAUUCAACAAAAUCCCAAAGCUCUCUUUGUUCCUUGGUGGCUUUAAUUAGGGAAGUGAAAGGCAACACACAAUGGAAACAUUUACAUAUGUGAACUAAGGUAGUGGUGGUGGUUUUAAAAAAAGACAAACUCUUUUAUGAUGUAAACAAUGUUAAACAGUGAGUAGAAAGACUGCUUUGCCAAAAUAUGUAUUGCUCACUGAAAGAUAUAGAGUUAGUUUCAUUAAAAUGAGGCACAUCUUGGAUCUUUAUCCAUCUAAACAAAGUGUAAAAGGAAUGUCACAUUAGUUACUCAGUAUUUUGAAAAUGUAAUUAUAUUGAAAAUUGAGGCUUAUCUUUUUUUCUUUCAUUGUAUGACCUUUGUAUGUGCAUUUUUUGGGGUUUACAUUCAAUGUCAAAUUAGACGUUUUAUAUAAAAUAAAAAUGUGUUUGAUAUAUAUUUCCUAAAAUAAACAUUGCAAAUUUAAUGUU